CGCACGGCCUUGGGGCAAUCCUUGAAGAAGCAAAGUGCCAAUCACGAGCGUGGUCUAACUUUAGCGCGCUUUAUAUUCCUGAAGUAGGACACCCCGACGCUUGAAAUGAACCGCAAGAUCGGCUUUGACAACCGCGUCUGCUACGAGCGCGACGUGCUCAAGGCGCAAAAGCUGCACCAAGACCGACUGCGCUCGAUGCAGUCGUCGACGUACUCGCCGGCCGCGAGCAAACUCGACAACUCGCCUCCCAAGCACUAUGUCCAUUUGGACGCGCGCCUCAAAACGGCGCAGCUCAAGCAAGAGCGCUACCAGCAGAUCUUUGAAGAAAACCAGCACCUCGUGCGCAAGAUGACCCGCAUCGUUGCGGCGCACCCGACCGAGCGCGCGGUCGAGUUUCGACCGGGCAUGCGCUUGACGGUCGAGCAAACACCGAUGCUCGACUCGUACCUCUCGCCGCACUCGCUGAGCCGCGGGUGCGCGAUUGAGAAAGGCAGCUUGAACAGCGGGUUUCGCCAGCGCGAGCACGCGAAGAUCGAGGCCGAGAACCGCAAGAUGCUCGCGCGGCUCACGACGAAAAAGUCGGCCUACAGCGCCUCGCGCUGGGAUCGCGAGUACAAGGAGUCGCUCGUGCGCUUCAAGCACGUGCACCACGACGCGACGGUCGGGCACUUGCCGCCCAAGCAGCGCGACCCGUCACCGUACCACGCACGCGACAAGAGCGCGCUCCCGGUGAUCACACCGCGCGACGAGGUCAUGUCGGCGCCAUCGCCACACCGGCCAAGCCGCAACCCAUCGAACGCGCCUUCGUCCCCGCGCAAUGCGAUCAAGCGCGGGGUGCCAGCCCCGUCGGGAAGCCAGCGACCGCUCACGGUUGCAACGUCGCCGUCACGACGCCGGCAAACGUACAACACCAAGAGCGUCCCCGUCCUCCUCCUUGAGGCCACGACGUCGCUUGGCGUGCAUUUUACAAUCGAAGAAAUCCAGACGGCCUUCGUGACACCGACCGAGACGCACCUCGGCGACCAGGGGCUUCUGAUUCGCGCCAAGAAGGACGCUCGCAGCGGCGAGUGCCUCGUGACCUUACCGCGGCUCAAGGACGUGGCGCAGUCGUUGCCUGGCCGCAGCGAUAUCGAAGAGAAACUGCGUCGCAUCCAAACAAACGCCAACGUCGGCAACUUUCCCCGUGUCUCGGAAGCGCUGGACGAAGAGAACAUCAAGGUGCUCUUGAUCAAGCUCGUGCAAAGCGUCCGUGUCUCCGUGGGGCACGACGAGGGUAGCUUCAAGCUGUCGCUCGAGGUUGCUGCGCCGGCCGUGGCAGAACAGCCAUUGAGCGAUGCCUUGAAGCCCAAGCGAGAUGUCCGCACCGUUUUAUCGCUGUUUGCGUCCCGCGAGUUUCCGUCCCGGUCCUUCUUCAAGCACAAGGGUGCCCGGUACCUCUGUCGAGUGCACGUGUACGAGCUACGCCGGCUGCUCACGUUCCAUGCGCUCGACGUGGCAAGUGGCGAGGCGGUCAACUUUCAGUUCACAGACGCCGAACUUCUCUUGCACUUCAACAAAGGCAUGCCUGCGACCGUGCACGACGCGAACCGCAGCCUCUUGAAGCUGGCGCGGAAGCGCAUCCAACUUUAAUUAAGACGAUGUAUGGUA